UUCUUAAAAGCUGAAGAAUUCCAAAGGAACUCCAAAGGAAAAUACAACAAAGAAUAUCGUUUACAUGUAGCGCGUAAAUUCUGCUUGUUAUGAAAGACUCUCUUGCUCUGUAUCUUUCUUUGCGUGCGUGUAUGUGAGAGAAAGCAACGGCGAGUCGUGCGCCUUCACACUAGAGUUUAUGGUACGUCAAAUAAAGUAUAAACACAGUGAAGAAGAUAUACAGGAUUCUCAAUGGAGUGUCUUCAGCUCGGUGUCUUUUGCUGAGCGACUCUUUGAAGAUUUUUAUUGGAGAGUUUUCUGUAAAUACGUUUCUACUGUCAGGAAUAAAUGAUCACCUCAACUAGACGAGUCUCUGCAGAUAAACCUGAAGUACAAAUCGCUUUCAGCCUUGACGAAACCUCAGAGUUGAAAGAUGCAGAGGAUCCCCUUCCAUCAUUCCCUGACCUUGAGCAACGCCUGCAGCCGGUGCUGCCGUGUCGGUCUCUAAAGGAGUCCAUAGAAGUGUACAGAAACCACUGCAAGAUGGCCAAUGAGUUCAACCAGGUCAAACAUGAAAUCGCCAGCCUGGAAGACAGAAAGAGAGAGCUCAUGGCAGAGCUGCUAGAGGACGAAAAGGUGUCGAUGGAGUUUGCACGACUUGAGGAGGAAUACAGGAUACUUACGGAAGAGAAUCAAAAUCUAAUAACAGUCCAUAGCCAACGUGCACAGCAGCUAGAGACGCUCCGAGUGAUCAGCCAAAAGAGGCAAGGCUCCUCGUGACCUUUCACACCAGUGCGAAAGAGCUUUCACCUCUGGUUCUUCACUACUGCUUAUAACAUCUCAGCGUUCCUUCAGUGCUUGUGUAAUGUACUGAAGCGGAAAACUGAUCUUGAAUCAGUGUGCUUAGACUGAGAGACUUAAUCAGUGUAUAUUUAAUAUAUUUUAAGCUAAUGUGGGUCUAUUUCAGAGCGGAUGGUCUAGUGGCCCAAACUUGAGCUGAGAGGUCGUCUCACUCAUAUAUGUCUGACAUUGUUCUGAAUAUAUACUAUUUUUCUUCUUUGUGUGUUUUAAGGAUGUGUUUGUUGACAAAUGUGCUUCACUCACCUAUACUGUACAAACGCUCUGCUGUGAAAGUUGCUCUCAGUAAAAGUUUUUACUGUUUACUGUCUGCCAAUUGCAUAAAAAAGGAAUUAAGGAAUUACAUUUCUGUUUAGCUAUUUGAGUUCAAGCUAGGUGACGAUAAAUGUAUGACUACACACCAUUGUUUAGUCACUCAGCAAUAGGGAACUUGGGUUUCGAAAUGUGAUCUGCUCAUUUUAGGAUUGUGAAACCCUUCAAAAAUAUCAAUGGCUGACACCCCCAUCCCACACAACUGAAAUACCAGAGGUGUAUGUCCACAAACCAGUUUAGCAGCAUGAAAGGUUUGCUUCCUCCAGAUUUAGGAUUUAUUUAGUCUAGAGCUUUGUUUAGUUAGAGAAGGUUUCCUUUUCUUAAUCAGAAUUGAUUGUGAAUGUUAAAUGGCAUAUGGUUAUUCUGACAUUUAGACUC